UUGGCUUCCUGUCCCAGAAACGCCGACGACGACGACGACGACGAGGAGGAGGAGGAGGAGGGCGACGACAGCGGCCUUGCUUGGCGAGGCUUCGGCCUGGCCUCUCCCUGGCCACAGAGGGGCGGUGUGCUGCCGUUGCCUUUCCCCUCACGACGCCGACGAGGACUCCGGGCCCCGGCCAUGCUGCGCCGGCCCUCUCCUCCUGCGGCUGCUGCUCUUCCUCCCCGGCGGGCCAUGUGAGGAGGAGGCGGCGGCGGCGGCGGCUGACACCUCCCACAGGAAUCCUGCAUCUUCAUUAGAAAUUCCUGUCUGGUGUUACAGCUUAUGGAGAUGAUGGCUUGUAAAAAGAAAUGGAGGCAAACAACCAUUUUAACUUCACUGGCCUUCCCUCUUCACCUGCUGCCUCAGGAUUGAAACCUCCGCCUUCCUCAGGGGAUGUCUACACAAACGGAUCUCCUGUGAACUUCCCCCAGCAAGGGAAGAGUCUGAAUGGAGAUGUGAAUGUUAACAGCUUAACUACUGUAUCUCAUGCUAGUACUUCAGGGACCCGCUCCUCAAGCAACACCCACGUACACCAUUCCUAUGACUAUCUCUGGAACUACUCUCAAUAUCCAUCUGGCAAUGGCAACAACCUCAAGGACACUCCAUUGUUUUCUCAAUAUCCAUUGAAUGGUACUGUUGGAAGCAACCGGCAAAGUUCACCAGGGCAUAGCACCAAUCUGAGAGGAGGCACUGGGCCAGAGUUCUGGCCUAAUGGAAACCCUGGGGCCAUGGGACUGAAUUUUGACUCACCAGAGCUCUACGACUCAUUCCCUGAUGAUCAGAACUUUGAACUCUUGCAGAAUGGCCCGUCCAGCUUCUACACAUCAUCUCAGCCUUCCCCCAUGCUUGGCUCUGGCAGCCAAGAUUUCUCUGCACAACAGGAGGAGGCAAGGAGUGAAGAGACUGUAAAGGAAACCUCACCUGCAGUCCCAGAAAAUGGUACCAGACUAUUGGGGAGCAUGGAGUUGGAAAACACGGAGCCAGUUGGUGAGCCACUCACCCAGGAAGCUUCUGUCUUAGAAUCAGAUGCUUGUCGUCUGGAAGAUGCCUCACGAAUCCCACCUCCUCUAGAAGAUUCCUUGGAGCCUUUUGAAUCACUUGACAGAGACCCAGGGACAGGGGAUCUCUAUGAGAUGGAUACUUCUGAGCUGGUGAGCGACAAAUCCCCCUUGGAGGAUGCUCCUGAUAUUUCUGCCCUAGAUUGUCCUGGCAGCCCUUCUCUCAACCACUCUGGCUCCUUCAGCCUUCUGACAGAUGACACGCAGCCUGACACCUCACUUUUUGGAAGUUCCAAUUUGCCACCUGUUCUUGGAGAAUCUGUUCUGCAAGACAGCAGCCUUGAGCUGGCAAGUGUGAGUGAAGUGGGGCGAGAGGGUGCAGAGUUUCUAGAUUCACAAGCAUCACUUGAACCCGCACCUGUAAAUGCUCCUGUGGGGAAAAAAUCCAAGAACACCUGCCCAAAGGACCCUACAACAAAGACAAGCAAAAACAAGAAAGAUGCGUCAGCUAAGAAUGAUGUUGCUAGAAGGCGGAUAGCCACAGUGGAUGAAGUGUUCUAUCCUUUAAAGCAUGGGUGGCGAAGGGAGGUACGCAUCAAAAAGGGAAACAACCGCUGGCAGGGAGAGACCUGGUACUAUUCUCCGUGUGGGAAAAGGAUGAAGCAGUUUCCAGAGGUUAUAAAGUUCCUGAACAGAAAUGCUGUGCAGAAUGUCUGCCGUGAACACUUCAGCUUCAGUCCCCGAAUGCCAGUGGGAGAUUUUUUUGAAGAACAGGAUACACCUGAGGGUCUGCAGUGGGUCCAGCUUGCAUCUGAAGAAAUUCCCUCACGUAUCCAGGCAAUCACAGGCAGGCGUGGUCGACCCCCAAAUACUGAGAAAGCGAAGACUAAAGAAAUGCCCAAGGUGAAACGUGGCCGGGGUCGACCCCCAAAAGUGAAAGUGUCCAGCCUUUUGAGCAAGAUGGAUGCCCGGGUUCUAAAGAAAUUGGAAGCACAAGAGGUACUCAGUGAUGAAGACAAGCUGAAGAUGAACAAGAUCAAGAAGAAAAUGAGGCAAAAGGCUCAAAAUAAGCAAAAGCAGGAAGCUAAGGCACCAAAGCUCAAGGAAGUCAAGUCUAAAGAAGUAAAAAAGAAGCCUAAGCCCCAGGUAAAGAAAGAGAAAGAGAAGAGCAAGCCAGAAAAGAAUAAACCAGAGAAGAUGAAAGAGAAAGUAAAGCCAAAAGAAAAAAUGAAGCCCAUGGAAAAAAAGGUGGUCACUGCUGUAAAAAUUCCCCGAAAAGCAGAUAAGAACCUCAUUGCCCAGCGGCGGCAGGAGGAACGGCAGAGGCAGCAAAUGAUCCUGGAAGAGAUGAAAAAGCCCAUUGAGGACAUGUGCCUGGGGGACCAGCAGCUUCUGCCAGAGUUUUCUCGCAUUCCUGGAUUGGUUUUGCCCAGCCAUGCCUUCUCAGACUGCUUAGCUAUUGUGGAGUUUCUACACAGUUAUGGCAAGGUGCUGGGUUUUGAUGUAGACAAAGAAAUUCCCAGCCUGAAUACUCUGCAAGAGGGUUUCUUCAAUGUAGGUGACAGCUUGGGUGAAGUGUUGGACCUCCUGGUAAAGCUAGUGAAGGCUGCACUGCGUGAUCCUGGCCUCCCUCCCUAUUGCCAGUCACUGAAGAUUCUUGGGGAGAAACUCUCUGAAAUAAGUCUGAACCGUGACACUGUGUCUGAGAUCCUUCGCUGCUUCCUCAUAGCCUAUGGGGCAGAUGAUAACCUGUGUGAGAGCUUGCGUACUAAACCCUUCCAGUCACUGCCCCCAGACCGGAAGGCUGCUGUCCUGGCCUUCUUAGUCAAUGAACUCAACAGCAGUGCUCUUAUCAUCAAUGAAAUUGACAAGACUUUAGAGAACAUGUCCAACCACAGGAGAAACAAAUGGAUCAUUGAGGGGAAACUGCGCAGAUUGAAGAUUGCUGUGGCCAAAAAGACUGGUCGCCCUGAAUCUGAAAUCAGUGGCUUGGAAGAAGGGCAGUGGCGAAGGAGCCCACGCAUCACUGAGGAACACGAGGAUAUGGACUUGGAUCAGGAAGGAAGAAAAAGAGCAUACAAGACCCGGAAAGACUAUGAGAAUGAAAUUCCAGUUUCCAGUGUGCCUGAGCUGGAGAGACAAAUUGAAAAGCUUUCCAAGCGCCAGAUGUUCUUUCGCAAGAAGUUGGUCAGUGCUGCUCAGUUGCUUCGGGCUUCACAACUGGGGCAGGAUCGAUACCGGCGCCGGUAUUGGGUCCUGCCCCAUCUCGGUGGGAUUUUUAUAGAAGGUUGUGAGGCCUCUACAGCAGAUGUCCCCGAGCCACCUAAGAACACACUGGAAAAAGAAAUGGUCCUGAAGGAUGAAGAAGACGAAACACCCUCAAUCAAAAAGGAGACCACUGAUGCACCCCCAGAGACUGAGAAUAUGAACUACACAGGCUCUCGUUCGUGGGGGCAGCCGUGGCAGGACGAUGUGGGGCUGCUGCCAUCAGAGCCACUAGAGCCCAAAUCGCCAGAGUACACAUCCAUGUCUUUCAGUGGGUUUUUGGAGGAGUCUAUGUCCCUGGGCCAGUCUCAGCAUGACCUCACCCAGUCAGCUUUCCUGUCCUGGCUCAGUCAGACACAGCAGGCUUCCUCGUUGCUUGACAGCUCUGUCCUCACCCCAGAUAGCAGCCCCGGCAAAGUGGACUCUGUGCCUCCAGAUGAAACAGACUCUGCUGCAGAGGGUGAAAGCGUCACACAAACGACGCAGGUGGCCUGGUUCAAUCUGCUGCCCAAGGCACCUUGUAGUAACUCCCCACAUGCUACCUCCAUUGAACUGCCCUCUUUCAAAGCUUCCCCCCAACUGUGUAAACCAUCGACCAGGGACCAGUCAAAGGCCUCAGUCCGGCAGCUGAAUGGCCUCUCCACCACCAGCCCAGCAUUGCCAUCACUGGCCUCCACUCCUCUCCAUUUCAGCUCCAGGAUCCCCAGUACUUGCUCCAGAGUCAAGGAGAUUCCCAGUAAAGCCCAGAGGACCCCAGGGCAGCCAAGGCGACGGGGGCGCCCCCCUACUAAACUCUUCAAGCAAAUGGAGCAGAAAUACUUGACACAAGUGACAGCUCAGCCCAUACCUUCGGAGAUGCAAAGUGGCUGGUGGUGGUUACAGGACCCAGAAGAGCUGGAAGCUGUGCUGCAAGUACUGCACCCACGAGGGAUCCGGGAGAAAGCCUUGCAUAAGCACCUUACUAAGCACAAGGAUAACCUGCGGGAGGUGUAUGCCCGUGCUGCCAAUGAUCCCAUUUUCCAGACUCAAUCCGAGAACACCAACCAUCUAGUGUCUCUGGAAGCCCUUGCCCAAUGGUCAGUGGCUGAGCGGGCCUUUGAGAUAGACUUGUCUGUUCUUCAGUGGGUAGAGGAGCUGGAGCAGCGGGUACUCAUGGCAGAUCUGCAGAUCCGUGGUUGGACAAGUCCAAAUCCCGAUUCAACCCGUAGUGACUUGGAGUACUGUGAGCAUGAACUGAAACAUCUGGAACACAUAACCAUCAAAAACCGGCGUGAGGGACCAGCGUUGCAGCGUGAAACCAAUAACCCUUUAGACUUAGCAGUACUUCGUCUGACAGACCUAGAGCAGAACCUGGAGCGGAGAUAUCUCAGAGAGCCCCUCUGGCCCCCACAUGAGGUGGUGAUAGAGAAAGCUUUGCUGAGUGACCCCAACAACCUGGAGGCAGGCACCCCAGAAAUCACAUAUGAGAUCACGCCCCGGAUGCGAAUCUGGCGUCAGACUUUGGAAAGGUGCCACAGUGCUGCCCAAGUUGCCCUGUGUAUCUGUCAGCUGGAGUGCUCUAUUGCCUGGGAGAAGUCAGUUGUCAGAGCGACUUGUCUAGUGUGCCGAAAAGGGGACGAUGAUGAGAACUUGUUGCUGUGUGAUAGCUGUGAUCGUGGUUGCCACCUCUACUGCCACCGGCCUAAGAUGACUGAGGUGCCAGCUGGUGACUGGUUCUGCUCCCUCUGCAUCGCUCAGAUGCAAGGGGAAUCCCCAGAUGAGUAUGGCUCUCAACGACGGGGCAAGAAAAGGAAAGCUGGUAGUUCUAAGGCAUUUCAGGGGCAGGAAGAGCCCAGCCCUCGCUCUCGGGCAGCAGGAUCCCAACAGCGUAGUAACCUGACAAAUGUCCCAUCACGAUACUCAGGCGAAGGCCUCUCUCCCUCCAAGCGAAGAAGAGUGUCAGCACGAGGCCAGAGCGCUGACCUUACCUUCUGCGAGAUCAUCUUGAUGGAGAUGGAAUCUCAUGAAAAUGCUUGGCCUUUCUUGGAGCCAGUCAAUCCCCGGCUAGUGCCUGGCUACCGGAAAAUAAUAAAAAAUCCUAUGGACUUUUCCACCAUGAGGGCACGGUUACUGCGUGGUGGGUACACAAGUUGUGAGGAGUUUGCUGCUGAUGCUGCCCUGGUAUUUGACAACUGCAGGACCUUUAAUGAGGACGAGUCGGAGGUGGGCAAGGCGGGGCUGGCCAUGCGCCAGUUCUUUGAGAGCCGGUGGGAGGAAUUUUAUCAGGGAAAACAGGAGGCAGACCCAUGAAGCCAGCAGAAGGGGGAGAAGAGAGAGGAGGCCAUAGAGGAGCGCCUCCCCUUUGGCCCUGUGCUGCCUACUGUCUCUUGGGAGCUCAUUUGCUACCUGCUGAUUAUCUCCCCACCUCCCCCACCUUCCCCAGAAUGACUGGACUUGGAUUGACAUUUAAUAACAGGGCGGCCUUCCUGCCUGGAUCCUCAGAAGCCCUCUCCCCAGCUCUUCGCUCCAAGCAACACAUGCUCUCUGACCGUGUAAGCCAAAUAAUAAUAAAAAAAAGUUUCCUUUUUUAAAAAAUGGAAAAGCAACCACCCACAACCCCACCUUAGCUGGGGCUAUUUAAUAAUAGCAAUAGUUCUUAGUGAAUGUGUAAGAACACUUUUUCUGUGCAGUGUCAGUUCCAUGCAUUAAUGGCCAGUAAUGUGGACGUUAAGUUUUCCUCCUUUUUAGAGUCGCUUUGAAAUGUAUACAAGCAGAUCACUCCUGCCUUGGGGAAUGACAGCUGUGAUGACACUGAAAUAUGCUGCUUCACUUCUCCCCCCCCCCCUUUUUUUUUGACCCUCCCAACUCCCCUUUAGCUCUGGUUUUCCCAUUCUGAGUAACCCAACCGUAGCUGUGUCCAUUUCUUUUCUUUGAGUGAUAUUCUCCUUUCUGAAAUUUGUGUGUGGGUUAGAGUGGGUGCACGUUUGGGGAAGGAUGGAACAGGAUGCUAAGGAGAUCCACCUCAAUGCCCAGGGAUGCACCUGCUCACUGGUUUCAUCCCUUUCAGCCACUUGUCUUUUCUUUAGCCAAGAGUACUACUUAAUUGGAGAGCUGGACCGAUCAAACCCUUGUAUGGAAAGGGUGUGUUCCCAGAACUGGUUCAUAUUCAUGGGCCCCCUCUUUUGUACACACAUGCUCAUGGCUGGAUUGUUUCACAUUUUGUUUCUAAGGGAGUUGAACACAAUGGGGAUAAUCCAGGAAUCCACAGAGGAAACCAAAUCAUCCUUUUCUCUAGGCGUGCAAACCACAGAACCAUCCUGCUAGAUCUUCCUUCCACUUUGCCUUCAUAAGGAACAUUUCAGAAGGGCAGCUUAUUAGAUCCACUCUGAUAUCAUAGAGCAGACCUGUCUCUGCAUAACAAAGUAGACCAUUUUCCUUCUGAUUGUGGGUAAAAUGCUGGAAUGUAUUGGUUAGCUACAAGGGACCAAAGUACAGGUGCUUUCAGGAGUAGGAAUGAGGGAGGAAGGAAAUGGAUUUCUGGAUGCCCCCCUCCAGCUCUACAAAAUUUAUUUUAAGAGAUUCUGGCCUUAUUGAGUGUUGUCCCCGUUCCACUAAACCUGCCCUCGUGUUAUUCCUCAGGGAUGGCUACUGUCUACAAAGCUUGAUCUGCAGUCUAUGUGUGUGUGUGGGCAGGAUUGUUUGCUUCCUGUUUUAGAACGUGAUUCCCAGUGUAUUGUUAAUACCCCCCCCCCCCCAAGAAAGAGGUGGGAUUAAUCCUGCUAGGGAAAAAAGAAACAUAGUCCUCCCAUUUUUCUCAUUUGGACCGAAUAAAGUAUUGCUCUCUACUGUUGGAGUAAAACUCCCGUCAUUCCUUACUAUUGGCUCUGCUGGAUAGGGAGGUUGGGGGUUUCAACUUGGCAGGAUGCACUAGGCCCCACUCUGCUUUAAUGCCUAUCUGGACCUCAAAUUAGGUGAAGGACCAGAUGGUGGGGAAUUGGCACAGUUUCUUCCCCAUGCUGGCUACCUGUUUCCUGAUCCGUGUUUGAAUGCAGAGCUGGACAAAGUGCAGACCACAGGCUGCAUGCAUUCCUCACAGCUUGCAUUUGAAGUUCCAAAGGCCCCGCAAACCUCUGCCCAUGUGGGAUUUCUUAAAAUGACCCCUCCCACACUGGGAAUGUGGGAGACAAUUUUGCUAUGUUCUUGUCUUCUUGCCCCUUCUGCUUCCUGGCUGCUCUAAGCUCAAGGAGGGGGUUGCUUCUCUGAAGAAGAAGAAAACUAAACAAGAAGUUGAUUUCCAGAUUUUAAGUAAGUCCGCUCCUGGAUCUCAAUACUGCUGGGCAAAAUGAUUUCCUGUGAUUCCUAGGGGUUGUGAGAAGCAUUUUUAAUAGGGGUGGGGUGCCAGGCUCACAACUAAUCAGUAGGCAACCCCCUUGAAGUGUGUGCUACCUAAAGCACCAGACCUAGUUUGGUCCUGACUUGCAUCCAAGCUAAAGUGCAGCUUUGGGCAGAACACAGAAGGGAAUGCAAAAAUAAUCAUUUGCGUAUGUCCAUCUUGAUGAAGAGCGUGGCCCUGUGGAGAUGUGCUGGUUUGUACUUCUUUGCAUCAGUAAUUCAUGUGAACAUGUCUUACAUCUUUUUUUCCUACUCCCCUUUUGAAAUCUAGUGAAUAUUUUCAGAGGGGUAGCAAAGUCUUGAUUUGUUUUGCUCAUUUUCCCACAUAAGGAAGGGUAUUGUAUUGUUCUUUUUUUUUCUCCCAGUGCUAAAGCCACUCAAAGCACAUUUUGUUGCAAAUAGAGCCAUGUGUGUAGCAGAGACAGCCCAGCUAGUAUUUAGAUGUGGUGUGAGUUACACCAGUUUCAAGGUGUGAUUUUUCAACAUGCACAAUCCAUUGGGAAUACCCUCUGCUUAUGCUGCCCUUAAUCAUACAGAUAUAACAGUUUGCAAUUGGAUUUCUGGUGCUAGAGACCCGCUAGACUCAGGCCAGUGACAGAAGGCAGUUGGUAUUCCUUCCAGUCCCUCCCUGCCUCCUUCAUGGGUGUCUUAUUCAAGCAAGUGAGGGUAGAGGUAGCUGCAGAGGUAUUCUUAGCAAAUAGCAAAGGAGUUGUUGGUCAUUAAGGCAGCCCUUCUCAGUCACUCAUCUCAUGUCCAGGCAUAUGGAUGCCUUCUUGUUAUCUGUAUGCGAAAAGGUAGCACACUCUGAGGGUACCUGCUCCACGCGAUUGCAAAGGGAGACUUUUAUGGAAACCGAGUCAGCCAACCUGCGCGUUGUUCAGGCGCUGUGGGCUUUGAAGCCCAUCGUAUCCCAGAUGCCUGCUGAGACUAGAGGUUCUUUGCUGGUCUCUGUUCCAGGAUACAGGUUCAUUAUUCUUGUAUCUGGUGCAGAGACAAGGAGGCGCAUAGGACUGAUCAGAGGGAGACCACUUGGUUCUUUUCCUUUUCUUCCACCACUUUGAAGUGGAUUGGAGAGGUGGAAAGCCAUCCGCUGGGACCUUAACUCCCUUGCUGCUUUUCCUAUCCAGCCUAGCUCCUCAAACCAUUGUUAAUUACGGGUAUCACUUAGGAGCAGAUCAAUGGCUGGCAGGGUCCCUGAGGGAAUGGCUUUCCUCCCGCCAAGUGAAGGAUCUGUGCGCUGCUGUAUGCCAUGCCUGUGUGUUCCCCCAAACCCGCGUCGACCAAUCCAAUUGCAAGAGCACUGAUGUAAGUUAAAUGUAAUCACAGGUGAUGUAGCCUGGAGACCGAAACCUCCCUUACUGUGCUUCCUCCACCCAGACCUCACUCCUCCCAGCCCCCCAUCCCAUUGUUUUCAACAAAACGUAGCCUUUUUCUAUCUAAUAACCUCAAAGCAUUAUUUUAUUUUAAAUUUUGGGAUUUGUUUUCCUUUGCUUUUAAAAUAAAGUGGUAGAUUUGAAGUCUAUUUGAAACUGACUUUAUAUUAUACAUAAAUAUUUAUAUUUUAUCUAAACUUGUGCUGUAACAAAACUUCUCUUUGGUUUUUAAUGGGUUUUUUUCUUCCUGUUCUAUUGGUUUGGUUUUUUUUUUCUUUGCUCUGUCACGAGAAAAGUUGUAGAAUUUUGGAUGUGUUCAUUGUUGGGUUUUCAUUAGAAAUACUGAAUUUUUAGAUUUAAGCCCUUACACCUUAAAAAUAGAAUCCAGGUGUGUCCUAGUUUGAGUUUCAUUAGAGGAUACAAUCUUACGCAUUUAUACACACUUGUUUUUGAACCUUAAAUUAAUUUCUCAAACUAAAAUUGAGAAUUACAGCAAGAAUUGGCCUUUUCAUUCAACUGCUGGCUUUUUCUUCCCCUUUCAUCUUGAUUUGAUGUCAGAAAGUAACCAACCCAUCAGCCUGUGAGAUGCUCUGAACAGUAGGAGGGGAAGGGGGGAUAUCAAAACUUUUUAUAUAAAUAACCAAAUGUGUUUGUUUUAGUGAAUUUUUGAUAAUGUACAGUUUUUUGUGAAUUUAAAUUGAUUUCUUUCUAUAUUUUUAGGACCAACCUCAUUUUUAAUAAGGUUUAAAAAAAGAAAGAAAAAAAGUCUAGAAUUCCUGUUUGUUUUCUUGUGAUGUUUCCACAAGUACAGAUGUUAGAGUGCUUGUCAAGUUUCAAAGAAUAAACAACAAACAACCCAUGUUUGAUAGAGAAAA